AUGAAGUCGGUCAUCUACUCGCUGGCGGCUUCGCUGCCCUUGGUCCUUCCGACCCAAGCCGAUAGCCUCUGGGAGCAGGUCAGCUGCUUCACCUCCGUUGGGAAUAUGGAGAACAUGGGCACCUUUGAGUUCCAAUCCGUCGACCACUGCAUCGCUCAAUGCGAUGAGGUGAACGGGGUUUUUGCUGCGGUGCAAGAGGAGUCGUGUUACUGCGGCACUGCUGCUCUCGACAUCCAGGACAUGGCCUUGGCCGACAGCGACAGUGCUUGCAAUGCCUCGUGCCCCGGUUAUGCUGUUGAUACUUGUGGCGGGGAUGGCGUCUAUUCUCUCUGGGUUUCCCAAGAAUACGUCUUAAGCUUAGGUGGCGACGACGACGACGACAAUGACGAUGACAAUGCCAACGACAAUAACGCAGACAACAAGGGUUAUGACUAUGGGGAUGAGGAUGGUGGCUCCGACGGCGAGGAGAACGAGGACGGGGAGGAUUCCGACAGUGACUAUCACAGUGGCUGGCACAGUACAUUCACUGCCGUCGCUACCAUUACUCCUUCCUCAACAUCUGCGACAAAUCCUGUAUCGACGUCGGCCAGUCUCAGCAGUCUCGCUUCAUCAAUGACUGCUUCGACCACCCAAACCGCCACGGGCAGUGCUGCCAUCACCACGACUACUUCUACUUCGGGGGCCAGUCGCCGCUUCAGGAUUCUCUUCUUUUAAAGGUGC